CUUACUGAGACAAGACUAGGCUGAGUUGCCCAGACCCGACUUGAGCCUGCACUCUACUGCCUCAGGCUCCCAAACUGCUGGGUUUACAGGCUGACACCAUCAGGCCCAGCUCAUGCAACGUAUUAAUGAUGUCACCUUAGGAAAGAUCUUCCCUUGAACUCUUAAAGUUCCACCAGUCACCCCUGCACAGGGUCAACCACAUUAGUUAACAGAACUCAGUUCUGUCAAUUUGAAAUUUAAUCAGUCAGUGAAAUUUAAUCCCUCAAUAGGCCAAAAUUACAGUAAUAUAAAAUGCCUGAAACAAAUUCUUUAAGAAACAUCAUUUACAGUUCGUCAGUUUGAAAUGUCAUUAAACCAGCCACUACCGACAAUGCUUUACCUAUGUAUGGAUUACUCCAUUAUACAUCUAUAGUAUCCCCAUAAUUGCGUCAAUGUAAUUCAAUUAUUGGUUAUAACCCUAUGGAUAGUCACACCUAAAACUUUUAGUCUGAAAAGGAAAAAAAUGCUAAAAAUGCCUGCCAGCAUUAUUUCAUUUUAUCGACUGCACUUCUCGCUGACAUUGUUUCUCUCCCUAGUAUAACGUUCAACGCAGGCAGGAAGUGGGGUGUCUGGGAUGGAUUCCCAUGUCUAGAAAACAUGACUCAUAGUAAGGUCUUUUAACUAGGGAGUCCUAACAGAAAACAGUACACAGGAGUCUUGAGUUAAUGCGUUCAAAUCGCACUGCUACAAUUUCAAGCUUCUAAUGUAUUACUUCUUCAUUAUCAUUAGAUACACAUCCAAAAUGAAAACAAACUAGAAACCUGUCACUUGCUAGUUUCGCUCCAAGAAUAACUUGGCUCAGGGCAAAACUCGCACACUGCACUCAACAAUGAAGACAUAAAGGAAAGUUUUUGCACUGUCUUCCAACUCAAGCUUAGCGCAGACACUUGGAUGAGCAUGGGUGAAGGACCCAUCCAAACGGAGGGGGGGAGGUCUUCCGGCGCGAUUCCUUCCACGUGCCCAGCUCCUGCAAUUCGGCCCACGUGGACAGGCUCCCACGGGAAGGCGUCCUCGAGAAGCCACAGGAAGCCCUUCCACGUCACGCCAGGCCUGGCCCGGAGCCUGCAGGGCUGGGCGUUUGGGGACCCCCCCUACCCCACGAGGGAAGAGCGAGGAUGCCCGGCCCGGAGCUGGCCGCCCAUCUGCCAUCGCUGCCCGCCGCCCUCCACCCGCGAACAAAGCCCGCGGCCGCCCCACGCGGACUUCGACCGUUUCGGGACCCCACGCGCCCGCCUUUUCCGUUGGCCGGGCAGGCGAGCGGUGCGUCCGUUAAGACUCCCGCGGCCGCCCGGGAUCCGCGCGCCCAGCACGCUGCACAGCCGCGGGGACCAAUCUCGGGAUGCCGCCGCCUCCCGCCCGGGUCCGCCCAGCGGUCGGACAGCCGCCCUCCGCCCCGCACCGCCCAGCGGCCACCGAAGCGGCCCGUGAGGCCCACCCGGAUCCCCGCAGUAGGCCACCGAGCGCGAGGUCGCGGCCGCCGCCCGGAGCGCACUCGGCUCGCCGCGACCCCCACGAGCCGGCCACGGCGCGCCGUGCUCCGCUCGCCGCCGCCUGCAGCAGCUACGGACACCCCGUGGCCCUAGCCCCGCGGGCCCCGGCCCCGUCGCCCCCGGCUCUGUCCUCCCGGCCUUCCCCCCUGCCGUCCCGGGACUCGCAGGCUCCGCCGCGCACGGGGCCGGU